AAUGAGGUUCUGCUUGUCCAAGAUCAGAUGGGCAUUAGCUGCGUUAUUGCCAUGCAGACAGCUCUGCAAAAAGCCUGCUUUGAGCAGCGGGGGGACAACUUGGUGAUAGAUUGGACCCAUGACACGCAUAACAUGGGGUACCACUUGGGUGAGAACAUCACAGUAUUAUUUUGUAUGAUCGGCGGUGUGUAUUUAAUUGUGUGUAUCAUAGGCAGUCUGGUUGUGACCUCAGCCACAGGAAGGGGGAUUCCUGUUGUCGACUUCCUGUCGCUCGAUCAAAAAGCACCGACGACAACGCAGAUUGUUGAGUUUUUCAAGCGCAACAAC